AUGGUUCGCAACACGGCGGUACCCGCGACACAGGAGAGCGCCGAGGGGUCGAAUCGCUUGCCUGGCGGUGGUCCCACUGGCAAGGCACCCCUUGUCCGUGCCCUGCGUGCGAAGCAGCCGGACGUUCGCAAGGUUGCAGGCGCCUGGCUCGAUCGUUUUGCUUCGGACCGCCACGCUGCCGUAGCGGAGCUCUUGCAGCUGAUCUUGGUUGUUGCCGACCUACCCUCGCAGACCACCAUCGUGAAGGAGGAUCUGCAGGAUCGCGAGCCUAGCGAAGUAGUCACGGAGCUCACAGCCAGCCUGGCGCUGGAGGCGUCCGAGCGAGGGGCAGACUACACGCAGCACUGGCUCGUGUCGCGCGAGAAGGGUGCUCAGAGGGUCCGCGAAAACUAUCCGGCCAUCUGGCGCGAGCUUGUCCUGGCACCUCCCGUCGACGUCCUUGUGAGGAACUUGUUACAAGUGCUGCGAGCGGGGUGCUCGGUGGGGGCUUGUUGGCACCGCUAUGGGUUCAGUGGAAUAUAG